GGAAACUGAAUGCUGAAAGAAAGUUAAAAUAACUGAGGCACCACUAAGCCAAGGGGGGCUGAUUGCAGAAGAGGGUAAACAAUUACUGAGACGCUAGAAGACCACUGCUGGAUGUAAGGGGAGGAAAUGGCUUUGAUCUCCGCCUGGCCCCUCGUUUCUCCUAUAUUAUUAUUUUUGAGAUGCUUCUCCUCCAGCACAGCCUCGAGUGAGGGAGGUGUUUUUCAGUUUGACAUUGAAGGUAGCUCAGCGGUCAGCGCGCAAGAAGCCACUGUUAUCAGAGGGCAGCAGCAGGCAGUAGCUACUGGAAGUUGGGUGCCUUUUGCUGAGGGAUGUCAAGAAGGUUUCUACCGUACCAGCUCAGGAAAAUGCUCUCCUUGCAACUGUAAUGGUAAUGCAAACAGAUGCCUUGAUGGAUCUGGAAUCUGUGUGGGCUGCCAGAGAAACACAACAGGACAGCACUGCGAGCAAUGUCUGGAUGGCUUCAUCGGUGACGUUGUCAGAGGAGUGCCCACGUUCUGCCAGCCCUGCCCCUGCCCCCUGCCAGCACUUGCCAA